AUGUCCGAGGAACUCGCACAAGACGAAGAAGACGCCCAAGACUACGACCCCGAAGCUCUCGAACUCCGAUCGUCCAGACGUCACCAGAACGACGACGACGACGACGCCACCCUCGUCGGCGGUCAUCGCGGCGGAGCCAGCUCCGUCAACGAAGACGCAGUCGUAUUCGAGAUUGGUGACGAGGAUGCGCAGGAUCUGAGUGACGAGGAAGAUGAUCCUGCAAAGCAGAGGUCUGCGAGGCGCGUGCCGGCGCCACAUCGUGAGCAUGACGAUGAUGGGAGGGCGGAUGAACGGGAAGGAUUGAUGGGUCUGAAGGAUAGGGAUGAGUGA